AUAUCAUAUACAGUCAUGGAUGGUAACAGACCAACUUAAGUGGAUUAGUUUCUAUUUUGGAAAUAGUUUAUAAGAAAAUAUUUGUAUGAACAGAAGAUACGGUGAUGUUACGAUAUGACGACAUAGAUGGCGUAUUUACAAAUAGCUGUAUUCCCUUUGAUUUACCCUGUGCUCUAGGCACAUAUUAUAUUAACCCAUGUGACUGUACGUCAUAUUACCAAUGUCAUCAGAGCUACCGUCCGCCAUUAUUACGUCAUUGUGGACCUGGUACAGCAUGGGAUGACACCAUCAUUAACUGUAAUGAUAAAAAUUUAAUCCAUCAAGCAAACAUAUGUUCCCUUGAUAAACCAUGGCAACGGUGUUCUAGAAUUUUUAAGGAACUAACUGAUGACGACAUCGAUAACUUACGUCAUCAUUGUUUGAGUGAGAAUUCGACACCUAGCGGAUUAACUGGAAGCGGAGAUAAUACGGGUGCUAUAGUUGGUGGAGUUGUUGGCAGUAUUAUAAUUAUUUUAUUAGUGAUACUCUUGCUGUAUUAUCUCAGAUCAAAAGGGUUCUUUAUGAUGGGACUUCCAAAAGGAUUAAGACGACCAUCACAUCCAGAUUUUAAAACAUCAGUCAAUAAUCCUGGUUAUAGUGUUACAGAUGAAGAGUAUGCUACUAUUGAUGAUAUUAUGGAUGAUCCCAGUUACAAUUCCUCUGACGAACGGAGGUCAAACAUCAAACCACCCGUUCCUAAGCGACCACUAAAGACGUUAUCAAUCCCAGAUAUAAUAACAUCGAGCGAAACUUCCACAUCCGAUCAAAAUGAUCACAACAAACAAAACGGAUUGAAACAGUCCUACUAUUCGCCGUUUAUUGAACGACAGGAUCUGAAACACGUCCCGUCCGGUUAUUCCACGCCAUAUCUACUGGAAGGAUCUGUGGCAGCGACUGUGCCGACCCCGGAAACAACCGAGAGAGAACCAAUUGGAAAAAGCCCGGUUGACCCAAGUGAACGCCCGAGACUACCCGAACCCGUAAAUUUGAAAUCGAAGAAGCCGUCUGUAGCAAAUGAAAUGUCGAUCCCUGAUUAUGUGGAUUUUGGUGAAAUGGACGGAGACUAUAACCUGCCAACCACGCCGGCUAGAUUUUAUAUAGGACGAAUUGAAAACAAAUAAAUAUUUUAGAGAAGAGGGAGUAGAAAGGCAGUGGAUGGACAUACAGUUGAAGGGAGGUCACUCUGGCACCACUGACAAUAAGAAAUCACCCCGGAAAAUCCUGAGGAAUUAUUUCCGUCAACACCUUUUAAUCUUGGAAACAUGAGAGAGAGAGAGAGAGAGAGAGAGAGAGAGCAAUACUGCACGCAGCGACCCAUCUACGUCAUACUUCCCAGAAUGUGACACUGCACUGAUUAUCCGCCAUUUAAAACGCUCAUGUGAUCAUUUUGGGGCGGGACUUAUCGACUCGAGACCGCUUUGUUUAGACAACAGAGUAAAAAUAACCCACGCACGUGUGUUUUAUGUAAACACGGCAUGUCGCGGACACUCGCGUAAAAGCGAUAUAUACUAUGUGC